AUGGCACUCAAGGAAGGCUCUGCAUCCACCACCGAUGUUGAAGCAGCCACGCAGACAAUGAUAGUAAAUCUUACGAAGCAAAGAAAGGAAAUCGAUGAGAUUACUAAUUCACUGUCAAUGGCUGAUCUAGAGGAUAUUUUAUUGAAGGAAAUUGAUGAAGAUGUCAAAAAUGCAUUUAAAAAGAAAACAAAAAAGGUGGAAGAAUAUGUUUGCAAUUACGAUAAUCAUGAAGAGGCGUUUGGAAAUAAUCAUGAUACCAUAUUCGUUAAGGGAUUCGAUUGUUCCCUUUCUAGGGAUGAUAUCAAGAGCUCAUUGGAAAAACACUUUGGUUCAUGUGGAGAGAUCUCUAGGGUUUUUGUUCCGUUUGAAUGCAAAACCGGUUCUCCCUUGGGAUAUGCUUUCAUUGAUCUGAGGAAUGACGCAAAGAAGGCGUUAACACUAGAUGGAAGUUAUAUGGGAAGUCUGAAGCUUGAGGUUGUGAUGGCUAACUCUAGAACCGAAUCUGUUCGCUAUCCUAACUUUAGUGGGUGUGGACGUUGUUCCCUUAAUCUGAAAAAGCGCAACUACGCCGAGUUCUCGAGAACUGGUGGUGGUUGUUUAACGCCCAGGACUCCUGAGCUCGACGGCAUGUUUGCUGAGGAUGCAUUGCACUUCUUCUGA